GUCACUAGCUUAUGGCGUAGUAAGUAAGACAGCUGUCAUGUUGCAUCAACAAAAAUAAAAAUCAUCUCUGUUUUUAUUUCUCACCAUCUCACACUGAGAUGAUGAUGAUAAUGAUGAUACGUAUCUGUACAUCAACAACAGCUGUUUUUUAAUUUUUUAAAAAUAUUAUUGUUAUUAUUGUUGUUACUGUAAUUGUAAAUAUCCUUGAUAAAUUAUUAUCUAGUAUCUAGAAUAAAAGUGAAUGUAAAAAAAUAUAGAAAACAACAAACGAGUUUUAGAAAAAAUAGAAAAAAAAUAUUUACGUUAUUUAAAUUGUGUUAUUUUAAUUAUGUACUCGUCAUUAAAAAAAACAUUUUGUAGAAAUGAUGCUGUUAGAGCAUUAAGUACUGGAGAAAUAUCAACAGCACUUAGGCCAUUUUAUUUUACAGUACAUCCUGAUUUAUUUGGUCAAUUUCCAACACAAAGGACUGUCAAUGAAAAUUCAUUGAAACAAUUGAGUUGUGUUAUUGAAUCUCUACAACAACAAAGACCAAUAAAACCAACAACAUUACCAUUUUAUUUACGUUCAAAAAAUGAUAUUGAUGUUAAAGCUGGAAAAUUUAAACUCGUUAAAAUACAAUUAAAUGAUAAAGUUAAUUUAAAAACAACAAUUAUUUCUAUAUUAAAAAGUUGCAAUUUACCAACGACAUUUGUUGAUAAAAUUGAAAAACCAUCAAAUGAUGAUAAUGAAAAUAAAUUUUACAAAAAUAAUCAUAAAACAACAGGUGAUAGAUUUUCUGAUCUUGAAGAUGAUCCAUUAUUUCAAUCAAUUUUUAUGAGAAGAAAAAUGGAUGCUGAACCUGAUACAUUCAAGGCAUAUUUAGAUAAACAUGUUAAUACUGCUCAUAUUAAAUUAGAAUCAUGUAGACCAAUUAGAGAAGAAGUUGAAAAAUUAGAAAAAAUAUUAUUAAAAGAUCUUGGACUAAAAAAUGUUAGCUGGGACUGUGGCUGGAAUGUUUCACAUUAUCGUGGUUGUUUAUUGUCAUUUCAAGCACUUGCUAAACAUCAUCCAGAACAAAUGGCUGUUCUCAAAGAUCGUACAUUAAUAUUUGCAAAUGAAACUGGUAUUAAUUUAGAGGGUAAUGUUAUGCUUAAUUCCGGUGAAGUACGUCACAAUUGGCUGGAUCUUAUUAAAAAUGUACGUAAACAUGAUGUUGUAUUGCUGAGAUUACCAACAUUUGAAAAAACAGUAUCACAAGUAUUGCUUGAUAUUAAAAUUGGCAGACGGAAAUUUAUGCCAAAAGUCAUGGUCGGCCAGUAUGAACAACAGCUACGACAACUGACAACAACAAUCUUGGAUUAUCGAGGGAAGACUAAAUAUCCAAAGGUUUGGCCGGCCAGUUUAUCAUCAUAUGAACUUGUCAUCGAGACGGAAGCUGGACCACUUAUGCUGUCACCAACUGGACAAUUUAUUGUUCCAUCAUCGUGUCCUGGAUUUUUACUUGUUACAUUUAUCACUGAAAAUUUGGAUGAAGCUACGAAAAGAUUGAAUCAUUAUCAUGAAAUAAAACAUGUUGAACGAGAAAUUCAUGAGAAAGCACUGAAAGAACUUGGUCUUGCUGGACUCAACAAGGAUGACAGUAUAACACCAGAUUUAAUGGUUCAAUGCUGUGAAAAUUUAUUGAAAAAUAAAAUAAUUCUUGCACCAAUGCUUGAGGGUGUCAAGCUUUGGAUCACUCAUUAUUAUUCAGUAAUGAGUGAUGGUGUACUUUGUGUUCCAUGGGAUUGGAAGCUUUAAAUUACAAAAAAAAAAAAAUCAUUAAACAAACAAUUUGAUAUACCUCAUUAGAAAUAAUUGUCAAUUAAUUUGAUAGAAAAAUAAUAUUUCUUUUUUUUUUUUUAUUAUAAAUUAAUAUGUAAAAUAUUAAUUAAUCAGCUUUUUUCUUUUUAUAAAUUAAUUUUUUAAAAAUUAUGUAAAUAAAAUUAUCAAUUUAGUUAAAUAUUAUUUUUUAUAGUUUAAAUAAACCAUUAAUAAAAUUGUUAAACAAUUAUAUUUAAAAUAAUAAAAUAUAUAUGAUUUUAUGAAAAACAAAAAU